UGGUGGCACACUAAAGGGAAGAUAAUGUUUGUUCUGUAAGAUGUUAUGUGAGGAUAAGUAAAUUAAAAAGGUAAAACAACUGAAAUUUAUCCAUAGACCAAAAUCAAUUCCUAAAUUUAGCUCAUGCUCGUCAACGAUCCCUUAUGUGAUUGGUUACUGCAGGCCUAUGGGCUAUACAUAUAUAUCAACAGAGGGUGAUUUGAAUGCAUUUUGCUAUAUGUAAUCAAUUUAGAGAUAAUGAUGGUUUUAGCUGUAUAUAAAUUAUUUUUUCUGUAGACUAUACAAACAUAGUGCUGCACAUUAUGGCCAUUUCUUUAAUAAGUUAUAUGGCAUGCAGUUACCUCUGAAAUUCCAUGCACGCCUCACAUAUCCCCACAUUCAUCCCCUAAGAUCUUUUAUGGAGUUGGCCUUAAUUGAGCGGAUGAAUGGGCUUCACGUCGCACUUCACACCUGUUUUCCUGCAUUUUCAACAGUUUGUUGUUAACAGUAGGAAGUGAAAGCCUAAAUGUAAAGCGUUUUAUUUGUCCACUUUAUCCGUCGUCCCCCCUCUCCUCUCUCCUCCUCUCCUCUCCUCUCCUCGCAUCUCCCCAGCCCCGCUGCUUCUAAACACCUCCCUAGUCUGGGUUGCGUCGCACUCACUCCCCCGUCUGUCACACCAGACUCCGAGAAAUCUGACGUGUUUUUCGCAUUUCCUGCACCAGAGAGAGAGAGAGACGCAGACUGAGAGCCGUGUCGAGGGGGGGGAGGCAGCCAGAGGUAUGUCCACGGGAAGUUAAGAUCAACCGCAGUGGCUGAAACCAGGCCGUGCAGGAGCAGCUGGAAUCGUCGCUUUACCCACUCACCUACCGCCUGAAUCUGCCCCUCCUCUCCGCCCCUGCUGCGGUUGUUAUCAGCCGCUGUCUGGUCGCAGCGGUUCGGCUCGAACAUCCCCGAUGCGCCGCGGAGACUCCCAGCUGGCAUCUGGAGCCUUCCACGCACCGCACGGUGCAAUGCAACGCAGGCUACUGCUUCCAGGCUGCCCCGCUACAGUUAACGGAGCUUUUUAAUACCUCGAAGGUAAUAACCAUGACAGACCGAUCCACAUCUGGGGCCUUUGCUCGUGUGUUUUCUGCUAACUCGGUGCUGUUGGAGGCUGUUCAUGUUUCUUCCGUGCACUUUUAAGCUCCCCCGGGUUAACGCUCGCUUCUCUGUCGCAACAGUUUAUAUUUUGAGGGGGUUUGUGGUUGUAGCAUAUUGGACAAGUGUAAACCAAAAAAACAAUUAAGACCAAAAUAAUAAAUAAAUUGGCCUACGUCUUCAUAGUUGAACUGGAAGAAUCUGCCUGGAGGACCACCGGUUGAACAGAGCUGUUAUUCACACCGCUGCAGGAGUUAAUUGUUUUGGAGUGGUUGAGGAGAAAGGUGGGGGUGGUUUCCCUUUAAUCAAGUCACAGAUCAAGUAUCGAGGGGUCGCCGUCACCACCAUGGUGAUCUUCAACGGGCAGCUGAAGAUCAAGAUCUGCGAGGCUCUGGACCUCAAACCGACGGCUUGGUCCCUGCGUCACGCCGUCGGUCCAAAGACCCAGAGCUUCCUCCUGGACACGUACAUCGCCCUGAACGUGGACGACUCCCGCGUGGGCCAGACCUCCACCAAGCAGAAGAACAACAGCCCAGCGUGGAAUGAUGAGUUCACCACUGAGGUCCACGACGGCCGCAGAAUCGAGCUGUCCGUCUUCCACGACGCGCCCAUCGGCUACGACGACUUCGUGGCCAACUGCAUCAUCCAGUUCGAGGACAUCCUGCACAACGGCAGCAAGCACUUCGAGGACUGGAUUGACCUGGAGCCAGAGGGGAAGGUAUAUGUGGUUAUUGACCUAUCAGGAUCUUCCAGUGAAGCUGCGCCGGUCAACACUGAAAAUGAAGAGCGUGUGUUUCGGCAGCGGAUGCGUCAGAAGCGUCAGGGCGCCGUCCGUCGGAGGGUGCACCAGGUCAACGGACACAAGUUUAUGGCCACUUACCUGAGACAGCCCACCUACUGCUCCCACUGCAGGGACUUCAUCUGGGGUGUCUUAGGAAAGCAAGGCUACCAGUGUCAAGUGUGUACCUGUGUGGUCCAUAAGCGCUGCCAUGAGCUGAUCAUUACCAAGUGUGCAGGGAUGAAGAAGCAGGAUGACACAGUCGGGGAGCCAGUCGGUUCUCAGAGGUUCAGUGUCAACGUGCCGCACAAGUUCAGCAUCCACAACUUCAAGGUUCUCACCUUCUGCGACCACUGUGGGUCUCUGCUCUGGGGCCUGCUGCGUCAGGGACUCCAGUGUAAAGUGUGUAAAGUGAAUGUGCACAGGCGCUGUGAGAGUAACGUAGCACCUAACUGUGGUGUGGACGCCAGAGGAAUCGCUAAAGUUCUCUCUGACCUCGGAGUCACACCAGACAAGAUCUCCAACAGCGCCCAGAGACGGAAAAAGCUUCCUCAGGGUCAGGACCCCCCGCAGCCGUUAUCAGUGACGCCUAAGACAGAAGACGAUCGCUCAAAGUCCGCCCCCACCUCACCGUGUGACCAGGAAGCGAAGGAGCUGGAGAACAUCCGGAAGGCUCUGUCGUUUGACCACCGAGGAGAGGAGCACAAAACACAACCCCUCUCCUCCUCCUCCUCCGCCUCGUCUGUUGCCACUGUAACGGCGGACAGUCACGGAGGUGGAGGAGGUGAUGGAGGUGGAGGAGUUGAUGGAGGCGGCGCCAAAGUGGAGGGUGAAGGAAGCCAGGAGAAUGGAGACGUCAAAGGUCAUAGCGCACCUGAAAUGAAGAGGAUGCAUCUGCAUGAUUUUCUGUUCAUCAAAGUUUUGGGAAAAGGAAGCUUUGGAAAGGUGAUGCUGGCGGAGCUGAAAGGCAGCGACGAGGUUUACGCUGUCAAAGUGCUGAAGAAAGACGUGAUCCUGCAGGACGACGACGUGGACUGCACUCUGACUGAGAAACGGAUCCUGGCCCUGGCCAGAAAACACCCCUACCUGACACAGCUCUUCUGCUGCUUCCAGACUAAAGAUCGGUUGUUCUUCGUGAUGGAGUACGUUAACGGAGGCGACCUGAUGUUUCAGAUUCAACGGUCGAGGAAGUUUGACGAGGCGCGAUCUCGUUUUUACGCGGCUGAGGUCACGUCUGCUCUGAUGUUCCUUCACCAUCAUGGAGUCAUAUACAGAGACUUAAAGCUGGACAACAUACUGUUGGAUGCAGAGGGUCACUGUAAGCUGGCAGACUUUGGGAUGUGCAAGGAGGGAAUCCUCAAUGGAGUCACCACCACCACCUUCUGUGGGACGCCAGAUUACAUUGCACCCGAGAUUCUUCAAGAGCUGGAUUAUGGGCCGUCCGUGGACUGGUGGGCUCUGGGGGUGCUGAUGUACGAGAUGAUGGCAGGUCAGCCGCCAUUUGAAGCCGAUAACGAAGACGAUCUGUUUGAGUCCAUCCUCCAUGACGACGUCCUCUACCCUGUCUGGCUCAGCAAGGAGGCUGUGUCCAUUCUUAAAGCGUUCAUGACUAAGAGUCCUAACAAGCGUCUGGGCUGCGUGGUGGCUCAGGGUCUGGAGGAGGCCAUAAAGCUUCAUCCGUUCUUCAGAGAGAUCGAUUGGACGCUGCUGGAGCAGAGGAAGAUCAGACCACCAUUCAAACCACGCAUCAAAACCAAAAGGGAUGUGAAUAACUUUGACCAGGACUUUACACGUGAAGAACCCGUCCUGACGCCGGUGGACAACAGCAUCAUCAAGCAGAUCAACCAAGAUGAGUUUAAAGGAUUCUCUUACUUCGGGGACGAGACUGUGACCUAGACACACACAAUGUCACACUGCCACACUAACACAUACAUGCAUACACACCAUCACCACACAACACCUAAAAUAUCUUCAAGCAAAGACACAGUAUUUAAAGAAACACAGCCUCUGGAAUGAGACCUCCUGAACUUUUCCAGAUCUGACCACUCCAGGAAUUAUACUAGACCAUAUGUAUCUCUUUUUAUUUGUUUCUGUGGUCUUGUUGUAUGUCCAUUUGUGCAUAUCCCAUCAAACUAUAUGUUCGAGCAGCAUGUAAGUGCAGGUCAGAUACUGUAGGAAAUGACCCAGUGCUCCUUUACCUAGUCCAGAUGUUUUCUGAAAGGCAAAGCAGAGGACCAAACCAAACUCUGUGUUUUGAAGUAGAUACAUAGGCAAGGUCAUGGGCUGUUAGUGUGUGUGUGUGUGUGUGUGCGCGCGCGAGAGAGAUAGUGUGUUUGAGUGUGCGUGCAUGCAUGCGUAGUUUCCUCUAGUAAGACUGUCAUUUCUGUACAUGAUGUGCUGUGUCCUAUGUCUCUGUGUUUAAAGAAUGUUUUUUCUUCCCUAAACAUGUAUGUGAAUGGAAAAAAAUUGAACCAGUGAUUGUAUUUAAAGAAAAAAAAGGUCUUGAAAAGUACUUUAUUCAUUAUAAAGAGAUGUCAAAAGGAGAUGCAAGAAAGCAAAGAUUGUUUUCUGAUGAAAUCAUGGUAAAAUGAGAAGUUUUGUCUGUGCUUGAUUUUAGAUUUAAUGUUAACUUUAAAAGCACCACAAAAGCAACACUUUGGCAUUUUGAAUUUUAGUUUAGUUUUAGCUCAUCAGUUAUUUUCUUACUGUAGGAGAAGGUUGCGCUGUUUUUCCUUCUCUCUCCAUAUUUUAGCUUCUUAGUAAAUAGAUGUUCCCGUUCUUUAUUAAAAACCAAAUGGUACCAUUGCAGUACUUCACCACCGUGUUUAUUGUUGUUUGGUGUGUGCUUAGUGUUAACAAGCUGUUUUCCAUUUAACUCGAUGGUUGAUGUUGAGACAGUUGUCAAAAAAUGCCGAGGGAGCCUUUAAAAAAGAUGAUUUAUUUUAGGUCAAGUCGUCCUUGUUACUGAAGCUCUCAUUGCACAUUCGAAAGCUAAAUCUUUCCAGCUCAACUCCUUUAAUCCCUUCAUGACCACUUGAUCAUUGAAUUGCCGUGUGUGUGUGUGUGUGUGUGUGUGUGUGUGUGUGUGUGUGUAUACAUUAGCUGUGUAAUCGGUUGCUGCACUUGACCUAAAGUCUCAGACACGACAAACCAAACGCCCAUAACUCCACAUUAAAGUCGCAUGCACAGAGGUGAAAGUGUUAGCACAUGUGACUGGAUUGAAUGUAUUUGCUCUGCGGUGUGUGUGUGUGUGUGUGUGUGUACAAAUAUGGAGAGCUGUCAUUGUGUUUCAUUUUUUAUUUAAAACAUCUUUUUGUUUUUGUUGUCAUUGUUGUGUUAUUUUUACUGGAUCAUCUAGUUCUUACUGACAUGUUAGAAAUCUUUAGAUUUCACGUGAUGCAGCAAGACUCACUUAGAAACUCUGACCGUCAUACUUUAGACCGUCCUCCUCUUCUUUGUACAGCCUCGACAGGGAGGUAAAAUAAGCUUCAAAUGAGCAAACAGCCCUCCAGACGUGUUGAGCGUUGUUGCAGGUCAGGUUUAUGACUUUAUAGUGAACUAAAAACAAUUCAAACAUUUUCAAGAAAAUUCCAUGUGCAAUACUCUGAAAGUUUUUUUGUUUCUUUGUUUCUUUGUUUUUUUCUGUUUUCAUCCUUUUCUCUUUCUGUCCUCUUUGUUUCUCUUUUGCCUCAUGUUCAGGUACAAAGACGACUGCAUUACAUUUAGUUUUAAGGCACAUAGAAGUUACAAUUAUUUCAUCCAAGCACAUAUUUACUCCAUUUAGUCCAAUUAUUCAGCAUCUCAGUCAUUCAAUCGCUGGCAGUUCCCUAAGUUCCCCUGUAGUACAUUCAUAUGUAAUUGUCAUGCAUUAGUGACUACUUUUUGGCAAAUGUUGACCGGAACAUUUAGAGUGAGUGCGGUAAGUAGCGUGACAUUUAUAAGACACAUUUGGCAGGAAAAGUGCAGCAGUAGGGAAGUGUUUCAUGCCGCAUCAGAGAUGCUGUGUGUCAUGUGAAGAGCGCCUUUCUCUGUGGUUUAUUCUUUUAGAAAUCUGAUCCUGAGUGUAUAGAGCUUCAGCAUUGUUUAGGCUCACAUCCCAUCUCAUCAAGACUCAAUCUCAAGUUUACAGCACUGAAACUUCUAUAUUUAUCCGUGUCCUCCAUGUUUUCAUGAUCAUCACCAAGUACUUUUUAAUUGCCUAACAUCGACCAAACAUUAACCAUGACGGGAAAAAAAUUUAAAUGGCACAGUUCUACAUUCUGAAUAAAAUGUGUGAUUUGUUGAAGAAUAGUGGCACAAACCUUUAAAGAAAAAUGCACUUCACUAAUGCUAAAUAGUUACACUUGAAUGUCAUUUGUACAAGGCAGGAGUGUCAACGAAUAAACACAUGCUGAGGACAUUAAUAAUGAGUUACCUGUCCGGUAAUCAGUCAUGAGCCUAAGGAGUUAGCAUGUGACCUGCCAGAAAAGCAAAAUAGUUCAAACAGACAGCACCAUCUAUGUAGCAUUAGAAAAACUAUGCGUGUUGUAGCAGCAGUAGUGGGAGCAGAAGAUUUAUUAGAUACAGUAGCUGUAGGAAGACACUCAGUCGCUAAACUCAGACACUCACACGCACACACACGCACAUAUGUAUGGAUAGUGGUGCAGAUUCAAGAUUGUAUAAACAGUUUUACUGCCAACCAACUUCCAAAACACCAUGUUUAUGUUGUCCAUCAUUUACCAUUACUUCCCCUCUCUUCUUUUCUGUGUCUCCUGCUGCAUCUUUGUUUAGUCUUUAAAUUAAAAAUAUCAAACUGUUUGUCCCACUGUGACUCGAAAAGGAUCUCUCCCAGAAGUCCUCCAUGCUAAAUGCCAAAUGCUAUUUCCACAUUUUCCACCCAGUGGUUUAAUAUUUGUUACAUGCAGAAAGUUAGUGAAUCAAGCUUAAGUGAAAUUCAACACACAGCGGCAUGAGGUUGAUUUCAAACAACAGUGUUAUGAUUUUACUUACAGUAUCAAAUGUUCUUCUUCCUCGGGUCAUAUGCAGAAUGUUACUGUAUGUACAUUUCUUUUUGCAGUCCCUGUAGUUGUGAAGCUUUGUAUGUAUAUGUUGUCUUCUGACCUGUGGUUUUGUUCCUUUAUGACCCUUCAUUUGUGUUUAUGUUAAUAUUUUUCUUUUGUUUGCGCUGUGUGCCAAAUGUACUGUAUUUUAAAAGGAUGUGAAGGUGUAUUUUAAUUUUUGAAACAAAUUAAAUAUCAUGAUGUCUGAAAGAAA